AUGAGGAGCCCCCGCUUGGCCGUUACGAUACAAAUCCGUUGGAUAGAUUGAAUGCAACUAUGCCCAGUGGCUCGUAUCCAUAUGAUAUCUCCGGCUCUCAGACGUGGAACGCUAACAGUGUCGGUCUGGGCGGAUUGGGAGUUAACUCCGCCACUGCUACUUCGAGGAUGAGAAACGUUCGUUCACGCACCGCUCUUCCCACGACCUGGUUGGAUCAGCAGAACAGCCUCCCAAAUUCGUUCUCUCUAGCUCCUGGUCAGCACCAGCCAUCUCCUCAGAUUCGCGCGGAGAACCCUCACGAUGCGGAAGAUGAACUCAUCCCAACCGCUAUUGUUAUUAAGAACAUCCCAUUUGCUGUGAAGAAGGAGCAGUUGAUACAGCUGAUGACUGAAAUGAAUCUACCGUUGCCAUAUGCCUUCAACUAUCAUUUCGAUAAUGGCGUGUUCCGAGGUCUUGCUUUUGCAAACUUCACCUCCGCGGAGGAAACGGCUACCGUUAUUGAAUUGCUAAACCAUUUCGAGCUUCAGGGAAGAAAAUUGAGAGUUGAGUAUAAGAAAAUGCUCCCCGCGCAGGAACGUGAGAGGAUCGAGAGAGAGAAGCGUGAGCGUAGAGGCCAGCUCGAGGAACAGCAUAGGCCCAUGGCUACCUCCCAGUUGCAACAUCAGACUUCGAUGUCUUCGUUGGCGUCACAUCUACCAACCACUUCUCCCUCGCCUGUCUCGCAGCGCGCAGGUAAACUAGGUAUGUCUGCUUCGUCAAGUAACUUCUUCAAAAUCCUUGUUAGAUUUGUCACUAGUACUAACAUCCGCUUCAGAGGUUGAUAUGAAUGACGCACAGACAUUGCAAUACUACUCGCAACUGCUCCUGUUCAAACAGGACCUGAGCAAAGAAGCUCUCAUCUUCGGCACAAACUUAACCCCGGCCCAGCGCCGGAUAGUGCAUACUAUCUCCCAUAAUAUGGGUCUUGCCCAUACUUCCCGUGGCACUGGAGACCAGCGUCAGGUCCAUGUCUACCGCGCUGGCCCCGGCGCCAAUGUCAGCCCUCCUGUCCCGGCUAUGCCAGCAACGGUCACUUCUGAUGCUGCUCGCCGCGGUCUCUCCCGUGCAGCUACCAUUGACUUUGGAGAAUCUCGCCAUGAACAGCAAGCUUAUGGCAGUAGCAUGCGCCAGUCUUCGUUCUUGAACGUCCUAGACUCUCCAGGCCCGGGGGGUUACGCAAACGCGCAGAACCUUCGUGCUGCUAAGUCGUUUGCGGACCUGCGUUCUUUUACUCCAUCUCCUGUUCCAUCUUCUGCUAGCUUCCCUGCUGCCUUGCAAACUAACGGUGCUCGAUUCCAGCAGCAGCAGCAGCAGCAACAACAACAGGCUUAUGAUACUGGGACCAGCGGAGCCUCUAACACUCCCACACUCACUCCCACUCCGUCUGGUUCGUCUCUUGGUAUUCAGCGUGUCGACGACAGUCUCCUGGUUAACAGUCUAAGCGGCCUAUCACUUGGUACCUCGGUCACUGGACCCUCCGGUUCUCCUCGCCGUACACGCGGUAUAUGGGAUGCUUCUGACCUUCCCACAACUACAGCGGGAUCAAACAACGGUUCCGGUUCCAGUGCUGGUGCUAUCGGAUCUAACCGCUCCAUUGGACUUGGAUUUGAUUCUGGAAACCAAAACCAGGAACGUGUCCCAGUGAGACAACCUAGAGGCCCUGCUCCGGAGAGAGGUCCUGGAUUCCGUCGCCAGAAUAGCCACCAGCAACGUGGUAGCGACGAGCUAAGGAGCAAUCCCGGCGUGGAAAUCAUCGUUGAGUAA